CAUUAGCGAUGCGGACUCGCUCCUCCGCCCGGUAGUCCCGGACCCGGCAGCGGCGGGAGCGCGGCGAGCGGUGCUGCGGGAAGGACGCGCGACUCCGGCAGCGGCCGUGGCGGCGGCGGUCGCCCCGCCGUGGGAGGCUAUGGGGGCGCGUGCUGGCUCCCGGUGCCCGGCCAGCGGCGGCUCGGAGCGCCCUGCCCCGGGGCUGUAGGGAGCCGCCGUGGAUCAGUCACUCGCCGAAGACCUCCGGGACCCGCUUGUCUCGGUCCUCGGCUCGCCUUGCUUCUCCCGGGCGCCCGGGGCGUGGAAGAGGAGCCGGACUCCGAGCACGGCGAGGACCAUGGGGAGAGCGGCCGCCGCAGGAGGAGGUGCUGGAGGGGCGCGCCGGUGGCUCCCGUGGCUGGGGCUCUGCUUCUGGGCGGCGGGGGCUGCGGCUGCCCGAGGAAGUGACAAUGGCGAAGUCCUCCCGGAGUCCAUCCCCUCAGCUCCUGGGACGCUGCCUCACUUCAUCGAGGAGCCAGACGACGCUUACAUCAUCAAGAGUAACCCCAUCGCGCUGAGGUGCAAAGCAAGGCCAGCCAUGCAGAUAUUCUUCAAGUGCAAUGGCGAGUGGGUCCAUCAGAAUGAGCAUGUCUCUGAGGAGAGCCUGGACGAGAGUUCAGGCUUGAAGGUCCGGGAGGUGUUCAUCAACGUCACCAGGCAGCAGGUAGAGGAUUUCCAUGGGCCGGAGGACUACUGGUGCCAGUGCGUGGCCUGGAGCCACCUGGGGACCUCCAAAAGCAGGAAGGCCUCCGUGCGCAUAGCUUAUUUACGGAAAAACUUUGAACAAGAUCCACAGGGAAGGGAGGUUCCCAUUGAAGGCAUGAUAGUGCUGCAUUGCCGACCGCCCGAGGGAGUCCCUGCGGCUGAGGUGGAGUGGCUGAAGAAUGAGGAGCCCAUCGACUCCGAGCAAGACGAGAACAUUGACACCAGGGCUGACCACAACCUCAUCAUCCGGCAGGCGAGGCUCUCGGACUCAGGCAAUUACACCUGCAUGGCAGCCAACAUCGUGGCCAAGAGGAGGAGCCUGUCAGCCACCGUGGUGGUUUAUGUGAAUGGAGGCUGGUCUUCCUGGACAGAGUGGUCAGCCUGCAAUGUUCGCUGUGGUAGAGGAUGGCAGAAACGUUCCCGGACCUGCACCAACCCAGCUCCUCUCAAUGGUGGGGCCUUUUGUGAGGGAAUGUCAGUGCAGAAAAUAACCUGCACUUCUCUUUGUCCUGUGGAUGGGAGCUGGGAAGUGUGGAGCGAAUGGUCGGUCUGCAGCCCAGAGUGCGAGCAUUUGCGGAUUCGGGAGUGCACGGCCCCACCCCCAAGGAACGGGGGCAAGUUCUGUGAAGGGCUAAGCCAGGAAUCUGAAAACUGUACAGAUGGUCUCUGCAUUCUAGAUAAAAAACCUCUUCAUGAAAUAAAACCCCAAAGCAUUGAGAACGCCAGCGACAUUGCUCUGUACUCGGGCUUGGGUGCUGCCGUGGUGGCCGUUGCAGUCCUGGUCAUUGGCGUCACCCUUUACAGACGGAGCCAGAGUGACUAUGGCGUGGACGUCAUUGACUCUUCUGCAUUGACAGGUGGCUUCCAGACCUUCAACUUCAAAACGGUCCGUCAAGGUAACUCCCUGCUUUUGAAUUCCUCCAUGCAACCAGACCUCACAGUCAGCCGAACAUACAGCGGGCCCAUCUGCCUCCAGGACCCUCUGGACAAGGAACUCAUGACAGAGUCCUCACUCUUUAACCCUUUGUCCGACAUCAAAGUCAAAGUCCAGAGCUCAUUCAUGGUGUCCCUGGGUGUGUCUGAGAGAGCUGAAUACCAUGGCAAGAAUCAUUCCGGGACUUUUCCCCAUGGAAACAACCGCAGCUUUAGUACGAUGCAUCCCAGAAAUAAAACACCCUACAUCCAGAAUCUGUCAUCGCUCCCCACAAGGACAGAACUGAGGACCACUGGUGUCUUUGGCCACUUAGGAGGACGCUUAGUCAUGCCAAAUACAGGAGUGAGCCUACUCAUACCGCACGGCGCCAUCCCAGAAGAGAACUCUUGGGAGAUCUACAUGUCCAUCAACCAAGGUGAACCUAGCCUCCAGUCCGAUGGAUCCGAGGUGCUCCUGAGUCCUGAAGUCACCUGUGGCCCCCCAGACAUGAUCGUCACCACUCCCUUUGCACUGACCAUACCACACUGUGCGGACGUCAGUUCUGAGCACUGGAACAUCCAUUUAAAGAAGAGGACGCAGCAGGGCAAGUGGGAGGAAGUGAUGUCAGUGGAGGAUGAAUCCACAUCCUGCUACUGCCUUCUGGACCCCUUUGCAUGUCACGUGCUGCUCGACAGCUUCGGGACCUACGCCCUCACCGGGGAACCAAUCACAGACUGUGCCGUGAAGCAGCUCAAGGUGGCGGUUUUUGGCUGCAUGUCCUGUAACUCUCUGGAUUACAACUUGAGAGUCUACUGUGUGGACAAUACCCCUUGGGCAUUUCAGGAAGUGGUUUCAGAUGAAAGACACCAAGGUGGACAGCUACUGGAAGAGCCAAAGUUGCUGCAUUUCAAGGGGAACACCUUCAGUCUUCAGAUCUCGGUCCUUGAUAUUCCCCCAUUCCUCUGGAGAAUUAAACCAUUCACCGCAUGCCAGGAAGUCCCAUUCUCCCGCGUGUGGUGCAGUAACAGGCAGCCCCUGCACUGUGCCUUCUCCCUGGAGCGCUACACGCCCACCACCACCCAGCUGUCCUGCAAAAUCUGCAUCCGGCAGCUCAAAGGCCAUGAACAGAUCCUCCAAGUGCAGACGUCCAUCCUGGAGAGUGAAAGAGAAACCAUCACUUUCUUUGCACAAGAGGACAGCACUUUCCCUGCACAGACCGGCCCCAAAGCCUUCAAAAUCCCAUACUCCAUCAGACAGCGGAUUUGUGCCACUUUCGAUACCCCCAAUGCCAAAGGCAAGGACUGGCAGAUGUUAGCACAGAAAAACAGCAUCAACAGGAAUUUAUCUUAUUUUGCUACACAAAGCAGUCCAUCUGCUGUCAUUUUGAACCUGUGGGAAGCUCGUCAUCAGCACGAUGGUGAUCUUGACUCCCUGGCCUGUGCCCUUGAAGAGAUUGGGAGGACACACACGAAACUCUCAAACAUUACAGAAACCCAGCUCGAUGAAGCCGACUUCAACUACAGCAGGCAAAAUGGACUCUAGUCCACGACCGCUCAUGAGACAGUGACGGCCAGCUUCGGGACAUUUGCUUUAAAUGGGAAAGAGGCAGCUUUCUGCCCGGUGGCAUUUGGAGAAUUCAGCCUUCAUUUACAAUCAGUGCGAAUCCCUGGUUGAAAAAACUGAAUUUUAUAUAGGUAUAAUAUGUUCAUAGAGAAAAGUACAAGCUCUCUUCAAUAUAAGAGGGCUUUACUGUCUCAUCUGAGUCCACUUGGGUUAACACUUGAUGAACUUUCUUAGCUUUGGAGUGGGGAGGAUAAAAGUGAGGGCGUAGCUUGAGGAAAGUAACUGUGGGGGAAAGACGAGCCACGAUAAAGCCAGGAAGGCAGACAUUGAAUCCUGCAUGUUUUGAAACAGGUUUUUAAUGAUGUGCCCCAAAGGGCCAGCUGAUUCUGCUACCAGAUUGUCAGGGUUGUCUACCAACUGGCAUCCGUGAUGUCAGCAAUCAUUAUAAAACUGGCUUUGCGAAGUGAAACGGGGCUGCCAACCCAUUGUAGGACUUUGGUAACAUCAAGGAGGGCAUUUAGAAUCUAGACUCUGAGUCCAUCACACCAGCACCGAUUCCCUAUUUAUCUCAGCCACUUAAUGGAAACAAGAGGAGAAGGUAAGACAGACCAUGAACUAGUUCUUGCCACGUACACCACCUUCAUUUUCUUCUGGAGACCAAUCUACCCACCUUCUUUCUUCCCCUUCCUUACUCAGUUUCAGAGCAUAAUUAAACUCAAUAUGGAUAGUUACUUCUAAUUCAACAAAACAGAAUCCUCUAUUCCCAGCUUAGCCACUCAAAUUGCAGAGCGCUGUUAGAACGCAGCUCCAUGUGGAUUUGGAGGGGGCCGGGGCAGUCUAAUCGAGCCCAGGGAAAGACAGGGUCUGCAGAUGCCCUGGGCCUCAGAUAAGCUGUAAUUCUAGGAUAGAGGUAUUGACCCAGUCUCUAAACAUUGUUAUAAGGGGAUGAGGGCCUCUGCUCGACUUUUCAAUCCAGGUUCUUGAAACUUUCUAGCCUCUUGGUACUGCGUUUUCACAAAAUCUCUCCAUAGGGCUAUAGGGCAACCUCCUUUUGCCUCUUGGAAAAUGAACAGAUAGUCUUUGGUCUAAAUGAUAGGAGUAAAUAGAUGAGAGGGAUAGAUCUACCACAGUGUCCCAGAAACCACAUACAUUGUUCAGGAAGCUUUUGAGCUCUGAUUCCUCAGCCUCCCCAGGCAUGUUUUCUCUAUGGGACCAUGAACAUAGGACUGUUGCUCAAAGAUUCUUUUUAUUUUUUAUUUUUUAAAGAGCCAAUGAUAUUGUGGAAUAUGAAGUCCAUAGAGAAUUUGUGAACCCCAUCUUAACAUUUAAUCCAUCUUUUAUCCUAUUAAAUCAUUUUUGACAAGAUAUCCUGGUAGACUAAAGAGGCACAGAUAUGUUCCUGCUCAUCUUCUGGUGGAUGUUUUAAUUAGCUGUCCACAAUCAGGACAAGCAAGACCAAGGACCUAGAUUAACUACAAGGCUGAUCAGGUACUUAAAAGUUGGCUACAUUAGAAUAAAGUACAAUCAGGGAAUGGGGGAGUUGGGGAACACUUGGCAGUGGGGAUAUGGUCAGUUAAAAACAACAACAAUGGUUUUGUAAGUCCUGUGGUUAAAAAAAAAAAAAAAAAGGAAAGAAAGAAAGAAAAAAAAAUGUAAAUCUCCACCAAAGUAAAAAAGACCUAGAGAUAGGUAGAAUUCGUGAUACCAUGGGUAAGGCAUUAAGAACUCUUGAAUGUGUUAGCCAUUUUCUCUAACGUGUGGUAUAGAUGAUCCCCUAUACUGGAUGGAAGACUUUGCUACACGAAAUUCAAAAGCACCUUGCUUUUCUCAGGAACCAAAGGCAUAUUAUAUAGAAUAAACAGAUCCUCUUAGAACUGCGAGCAUAUUUUCAAAAUACCAUCUCUAGAUCAAGAAAAGACCCUUCUGUUUACAUGCUCUACUUGUUUAUUCCUUCUGGGGAACAACAAAGAGAAGGCAUGAGAGGGCAAAUAUUCAGACACCCUUGCUAACAUUUCUGGAAAAGCAAGAAGUUGAAGUAGAUGGUCAGUCACCCAAAAAGAAUUUGCAUUGAUUGUUUAAUAAUAACUUGUAGAAAACAUCUUGUUGAGCACUUUUGUCAGUUUCUAUCUUGGAGGAUUUUUGUUUUAAAACUAUCCUACCCUUUAUUCCUCUUCCCUUCUAAUUGGCCUUAUCAUUGCUUUAUAUAUUCUGUGAGUCCACACAGAUCCUUUUUGGAGCUGAUACGUUUUUAUAUCUUAAAUGAAAAAUCUUAAUGUUUUCCCUAGAAUCUAGAUUUUAAGAUAAGAGAUUAUCAUCAAUCCCUCAAGGUCUAGAAUUUCCUCCCAUGGAUUUUUUUUUUUUUUUUAAAAUCUGGGUGUUUAUAAAUGCCUGUGACCUUCAUACCAUAUUGAAUAACAAAGGAAGCAAAUUAACAUGAAUCACCGCUGACUUCAGCUCAAGGUUCAAAUAUACCCUUCAGUCCAUUUUGCUCCCUCUUUUCAUUUCUCUUAUUUCUGCUGGAAUUCUACAUGGGAUUCCUACACAAAUGUGUGAAAUUCUGUGGCCAUUGUAAGUCCGGAUCAUACUUCACACUAGAAUUCCAAAGAGAACCCAUGUUGGUGAGACGUACAGACACGGGGGAGCGUAGGAGUGUCAAGGAGGAACGGAGAUUACAGAUCAGAGAGAAUUCACUGACAUCUGAACUUUCGAUUAUUCGCUGCGACCUAAACCCUUGUUCUAUUUUAAUGUCUUCCCAUCAAAACACAGAUGCCCCUCUAGAAAGAGAUUUUUGCCCUAAUG